UUAGAAGAGGACUGUACUGCGCAAGUACUAAUAGAUCUAUGCGCAAGCGCCAGAAAACUGGCGGGCUUUUGUGGUUAAUUCACAGACAGAAGUUUUUCGCUCCAAUUCGCGACAAUUUUUGCGUUUCGUUUUUCCACGUUUUAAGUUUCGCCGACGUCAUGACCGUGUGGGUUACGGUGUGGUGGCGGAAUGAUAAUCAAGUGACUGCUGUACCUUCGUCGGAUAUUCCGGAAUUCGAUCAAGACAAGGGGGUUGGUGAUGACACCAACGCGCUUUGGAAAGAGCGCGACCCAGAGUCUGGACAAAUGGUGACGAAGCCCUACCCCGUCAGGGUGCUUGCGAUAGGGUCAUUUUCAUCGAUGAUGAAAGCGCAAGUAACUUUUGGAAAGAUCUUUUGCAAAGAGCCAAAGGACAAAGACAGCGACAAAGACAGGGAAGAGGGGCGUUCAAGAAAGCGGACGAUGACCAGACGCAUGAUGGAGUCCCUCUCUUCCGCUUCGCAGGAUGACGGCGUGGAAAGUGAUGAGGCUGUGGCUGCAAAGAAGGCGCCAAAGAGUUCUGCCACACAGAAGGGUAAGAAGACUGGGCAGAAGACUGCUGUCACAGAAAAGAGUGCGGAGAAGGAUGCGGCUGCAUCCGCAGUGGAGGUAGCCGCAGAGAGAAAGGCUUCUGCUGAGAAAAAGGCAACUGAGGAGAGGGAGAAGGCAGCAGUAACAGACAUGAUGAACAUGGAAAAAGAUCAGCUUGUCAAGGCUGUAGUGGACUGCUGGCCGUACUUAGAUGGGGUGAAGGAUGGAACCACAGUCAAUGCCAGACAUAAAGAGUAUGAGACAGCAACGUCGUGGCAUGCACGACGCGAUAUGGACUAUGGAAUGAUGAACACGAUUGACAUUGUAACCGAUGACCAGGCGAUGAUCAUAGCAGACCUGAUGAUAGAAAGAUAUGGCUUUAAGGAAUUUGACUACAUCUGGAAGGUGCUCCUUCCAGAGUUCCUUGUGCACCAUCAUGCUACUUUAAAAGGAAUCAGUCAUAAGGAAGCAGAAAUCAACUUGCGAACAGGAAAGGCGAAGAAACCUCGAGGGAAAGCAGCAAGCAACAGUGGCGCUGAGACCAUCUCUGCUGCCAAAAGACGGAAGGAGAAGGCUCUCCAAGCGGAAGAGAGGGCUGAGACAGUUGAAAUCCUGGGCCAACUUGCCAACGACACUGAGGAGGAAGCCCCCAAUGGGGAUAAUGACCCGGAUGAUGAGGAUAUCAACAGCGGCUCGGUAUGUCACGCCGGACUCUUUUGGAUUUUGUUUUACAACUCACUUAGCUCAUAACCUACACUGCGUAAACAGAACAGCAGACACAUACCAGAUCUAGAUGGAUCAUGUGACGAUAUGGUACCUUACACGGAUUAUUGACAGUAGCAACAAGAAAAGGUAAAUA